AUGGAUUCAGCACCUACCUCAGGUUCAUCCUUAAUAAAUAAUAAUAAUAAAUUAAUUCCACACAACACUGAAUCAACUACGUCAGAUUCAAUAAAACAACAAAUUUAUAAUAAUGAUAAAAAUAAAGUACAAUAUGAAGAAGAGCAACAACAACAGCAACAACAACAGCAGCAGUUACAAUACCAAAAGGAGGAACAAGAUAUUAAAGAACAAAGUGAAAAUAAUAAAUUGAAACAAAAAUUAAUAAAAAUCAAUAAUUUACCAAAACCAAAGAGAGAUGAGUUAUAUUGGUGUUGGACAUUGAAAGAGUAUAUUAGAUUGGGUCAUAUAAAAAGUGUAUUUAGAAUUUUAAAGAUUCUUGAUCAUCAAACUCCUUACAUAUACAAUGAAUUCGAUAAUAGUAUUUUACCAAUUCCACAGCAAACACCACCACCACCACACACAACAACAGCAACUACUACAACUACAACAAUAACGACCCAUCCACCAAUAGUACCACCAAUGCAACCUAAAAAACAACAAUUAUUACCACAACUACAACCACCAAUAUCUCCAUUAGGUGAUGGAAGAGGAUAUGUUUAUCAUUUUCAAUGUAAACCAAUAAUUGACCCAAAAAGAUCAAGCUUCCCUUAUCUAUAUAUGUCAAAUAUAUUAAGACAGAGAAGUGAUAUUCUAUUAAUUUUAAAUACAAAAUUAUUAACAAUUAGUAAUAUAUUACAUACCCUUAGAAGUGGUAAUAUAGAUUCACUAUUAUUACCAAAUUUUUUACCAAUACCAAAAUCAAUACCAGUUGUACCAUUUUUAUUAGUAAUUGUUUAUUUCAAAUUAUGUUUAUCAAAAGGAGAUAAUGCAAGAUCAAUAAUUGAUAGUUUAUUAGAGUGUAGACAAAAGAUUCAUACAUUACCACAAUACGACUGUCCAUCAAUACCACCAGUUGAACAAUUAUUAGAUAAUAUAAUGCAUGUUACAUUAAGAUUCAUUGAUUGGUUACCUGAUAAUAAUGAUCAAUUAAUUCCAACUGAAGUUUAUUUUAAUGAAAUAUUUGAAGUUAUUUAUUUAACUGGUCGUGAUUUCUUAGAUUUAAAUAAUUCAAAUCAAUCAAUUCAACAACACCACCACCACAAUCAACAACAACGACAACAAUCAAAUAAUAAUAAUAAUAAUAAUGGAUCAAUACUAUCAACAUUAACAAUAGCAACAGAUGAACAUAAAUUUAAAUUAAUUGAUAUUUAUUUACGUGAUAGUAGAAAAAUCGUAUUUUUAAAUGUUGGAUCUUUAGCACAAAAAAGAGGUACAAUUAAAUUAUCAGUUUGGUCUAUUGAAAAUAUUAAUACAUUAUUAAAAUGUUGUAAAUUUUAUUUACAAGUUAAUAAUAACUUAAACAAUAAAAAUAAUAAUAUAGAUAAUAAUAAUAUAGAUAAUAUAAAUAAUAAUAAUAAUAAUAAUAAUAGUAAUAUAAAUAAUGAAGAAAUAACAACACAAGAUGAUGCGACAACAAUUUUAGAUUGUUGUAUGAGAUUAGCAUUUUCUUGGGCAACGAUUUGCUCUGGAAUUUUACCAAAUAGUUUAGAGAAAUAUUCAGAUUUAAAUAAAUGUUGGUGGAAUGUUGAUCAAGAUAAAUUACAAUCUAUCCUAAGAGAUUGGAUCAAUGUAAUAAAGGGAAUAUUUAUUGGUGUUAAAUCAACAAAGAAUUCUGAUAAAUUAUAUUUAGUUUGCUUAGUUUGGUUAGCCUCAACAAUUUCAUUAUUCGAUGAGGAUGAUAAUUAUCAACUACCACCAUUACAACAACAAGAAGAAGAACAACAACAACAACAACAACAAGAACAACAAUUAGAACAAUUACCAUCACCUUCACCAAAAAAUGGAUUAAGUGAUACUUCAUAUUCAUUAUAUAUUAGAAAUAUUGGUAAUCAUCCAGAAUUAUUAACAGAUUUUACUAAAUCAUCACUAAUAAUCACAUCAUUAGGAUUCGCUUUAAUUGGUGUUCAAACAUUGGAACAAAGUGUAGAGUUAAUUCAAAAGUUAUUGAAUUUAUGGGGACAUCAAUCAUCAACCCAAAUACCUUCAUUGGAAAAUGUUUGUUUAAUAUUUAAAACCAUUCAAAAUGUUUUAACAACUAAAUUUAAAUUAGCAAACUUUAAUAAUCAAGAUGAAUUAUUAAUUGCAUUAAUCUCUUGGUUACGUUGUAUAUCUGAUGAAGUUUAUAAUUUAUUUUAUAGUUCAAAUUUAAAUUCAAGAUUUUUAUGUAUAUUUAUUGGAUCAUCAUUAGUUCAUGCAAUUAAAAAGAAUAAAAGUAUUUGUAAUAUUAUACCAGAGGAGGAAAAGAAAGAUAUAAUUGGAAAUAUGCAAGAAUUAUUUUAUACACUUAUUAAUCAACAUAAUUUCUUACCAAAAUCAUUUAAAAUUGGAUUGGCAACUGCAUAUUGUCUAAGUUCAAUCGAUCCAUUCACAGAGAAACAAGCGAAUCAAUCAAUUCUAAUGAUUACAUUGGAAGUUUUAUUAGAUGAAAUACUUUGUAUAAAUGGUUCUUUAAAUUAUUGGUUAGAAAAACCAAAUGAAAUUGAUGCUUCAAUUAUUAAAAAGAUUGAAUCACAUAAAACCACACCAUUAUUUUUAAGUAUACCUCCAUUCAUUCAAACAAUUAGUGGAUUGGUUUUAAAUUUAUCAGAUAACGAUAAUAAUAAAUUGGUUUUAUUAAAGCUAUGUGAUUUUACUUAUAGUUUAAAUGAAAAUUGGUCAAAUUAUGGUAAUGUUGAAUUCCCAUCCCCUCCGAUUCCAAAAUCAAUGCUUAGAAAAGCAUUAGAUCCAAGUUUUCAAGCAAUAUUUCAAUCAUUAUCUUUAUUAUUUUUUGAAAUUUCUUCAAUUUUAACUCCAAUUGAUAGUGUUGUUGGUAUUGAAUUAUUUUGUAAAUUAACAUUUAUUGGAAGUGAUGAUGAUGUUCAAUUAAUUGGUAAAUCAAUUAGAACAUUAGCUAAAAAUGUAUUAGUAUCGGAAUGUGCGAUUAUUAGAUUAAUUGAUAAGAUGCCAUUAUAUUAUCAAGUACCAAAAGAUGACAAGAUUGCAUGUUUACAAGUUGUAAUUUAUUUCAUUGCACUCGAUAGUUUAAUUACAUCAGUACCACAUAACCUAAUUGUUGAUCAUGUCGUACCAAAUCUAUUCGAGUAUAUGGAAUAUCCAAAUAGUAAAUUAAAUAUACAAAGCCAUUCAAUACUUGCAAAGAUGUUUGCAAUUCCAAACUUUCAUUUAUCAAUUAAAAUGGUUCCAAUGUAUUUGAAAUCUGCUUUGAAAUCUUAUCCAAAAUUUACAAAAGUCUCUUCACUUUAUGAAGUUAUGGUUUCAAUUGUUGAAAAUAAUGCUCCAACAAAUCCAAUCAUUUUAUAUUCAAUUAAAACAAUUUCAAAUUCAAUAAUUAACCAUAUGAUUGAAAAUAAUUUAACAAAUAAUAAUAUUAAUAAUAAUAAUAAUAAUAUUAAUAUUAAAAAUAAUAAUAAUAAUCAAGAUGAUCUUCUUGAAGAUUCAUCAAGUUUAAUUGGACAAUCACAUAAAAGAUUAAAAGAUUCAAACAAACUCCAACAACAACAACAACCAGAACAAUUAAAUAUUGCUGCAAAAGGAUUAAUUAAAUUAUUAUUCUCAUUAUUUUUGUAUAUUGACAUUCAAAUUAUAGAUUUAGUACUUGAUGAAAUUCGUAAAGUUAUUAUAAAAGCGCCAUCUCAAAAAAUACGUUUAGAACUUUGUUCAGAAUUACUUACUGAAAUUACUGGAAAUUUAGAGAAUAACACUAAAAAGAAUAUUUGUAUUAGUUGGUAUUUAGGUUUUAUUCAUGAAAUUGAAAAUUUAAAUAAUAAUAAUAAUAUAAUUAAACCAAUUUUAACUCAAUCAAUUAAUACUUUACCAUCAUCUUCAAAUAAUAAUAAUAAUAAUAAUAAUAAUAAUAAUAAUAAUAAUAUAACUCAACCAAUUAAUAAUGAAAAAUUAAGAAAUAAAUAA